AUGGAAUCAUCAAACUCAUACGUCUCUUUAUCAUCUUCUUCUUCAAUUCCACCAGCCAAACCACCCACCGGUUUUCGAUCCUCAUUGCAUUCAGUUCGUAAGCUUUCAGGAAAGCCAAUGAAGCAACCGAUUGCGCCACUGCCACCAACACCGCCAAAAGUCUACAAGGUGGACCCUAUUAACUUCAAGGAAGUCGUUCAGAAGCUCACCGGAGCACCGGAGUUCCAGCCACGGCAUCUCCAUGAGGUGGUGGUGCCACCGCCACUGAAUCUUUCGGCAAGUGCAUCUUCUGACGACCGUGAUAACAUUGGAGCACCUCUGGAGCUCUUUCCAUCUCCCAGUAAAUCUCCGUUGCAGGCAACCUUUCCUGAAUUGACGACCGAAGCACAAGAUGAGGAAAGCUGGAAGUUAUCGGAGAGUUUUGGAGCACCGACUCUGAGUCCAGUCGGGUUCAGUCCGCCGCCAUAUUCUCUUGCAUGGUGGCCCUCCUCCUCCCUUCUUAUGAGUCCUGGAACUCUAUCCUCUACCUCUUUAGAGCGAGGCAGAGUUUAUUUAGGUCUUUCAUGA